CCCCGCCCCUUCCCCCGCGAGAGGCGGAGCUUCCGCCCCCGGCCGCGGCGCAAUGCGGAAGAGCUGGGCCUGCUGGAGCGGAAGUGACGUCUCGGGCGGCUGUGGCGGCGGCGGCUGCGGGAGAAGGAGGAGGAGGAGCCGGAGGAAGAGGGCCCCCUCGGAGGAGCGCAGGAUGGCGUUCAGCAAAGGGUUCCGGAUCUACCACAAACUGGACCCGCCGCCCUUCAGCCUCAUCGUGGAGACGCGGCACAAGGAGGAAUGCCUCAUGUUUGAGUCCGGGGCCGUGGCCGUGCUCUCAUCAGCAGAAAAAGAGGCAAUCAAAGGUACAUACACCAAAGUACUGGAUGCUUAUGGACUCCUUGGUGUUCUGCGAUUAAAUCUCGGUGAUACCAUGCUACAUUAUCUGGUCCUAGUAACAGGAUGUAUGUCUGUGGGAAAGAUUCAAGAAUCGGAAGUUUUCCGAGUUACUUCCACUGAAUUCAUAUCACUCCGAGUUGAUUCUUCAGAUGAGGAUCGAAUUUCAGAAGUGCGUAAAGUGUUGAACUCAGGAAACUUCUAUUUUGCUUGGUCUGCUUCUGGAAUCAGUUUAGAUCUGAGUCUUAAUGCCCAUCGCAGCAUGCAAGAACACACCACGGAUAAUAGAUUCUUCUGGAAUCAGUCUUUGCACUUGCAUCUCAAGCACUACGGUGUGAAUUGUGACGACUGGUUAUUACGCCUCAUGUGUGGCGGAGUAGAAAUCAGAACAAUUUAUGCUGCACACAAGCAGGCCAAGGCUUGCCUCAUUUCCAGACUAAGCUGCGAGCGAGCUGGGACCAGGUUCAAUGUCCGGGGAACCAAUGAUGAUGGUCAUGUUGCUAAUUUUGUAGAAACGGAGCAGGUUGUAUACUUGGAUGAUUCUGUUUCUUCCUUCAUACAAAUUCGGGGAUCUGUUCCAUUAUUCUGGGAGCAACCAGGCUUACAGGUGGGAUCUCAUCGUGUCCGUAUGUCAAGGGGAUUUGAAGCCAAUGCACCAGCUUUUGAUCGGCAUUUUAGAACUCUUAAGAAUUUAUAUGGCAAACAAAUAAUAGUAAAUUUGCUUGGAUCUAAGGAAGGUGAACAUAUGCUAAGUAAAGCUUUCCAGAGUCAUUUGAAAGCUUCUGAACAUGCUGCUGAUAUCCAGAUGGUGAACUUUGACUAUCAUCAAAUGGUGAAAGGAGGAAAGGCAGAAAAAUUGCAUAGUAUUCUUAAACCUCAAGUGCAGAAGUUUCUAGAUUAUGGAUUUUUUUAUUACAACGGAAGUGAUGUUCAAAGAUGCCAGAGCGGUACUGUUCGGACAAACUGCUUGGAUUGUCUUGAUAGAACAAAUAGUGUGCAGGCAUUCUUUGGCUUAGAGAUGCUAGCUAGACAGUUGGAAGCUCUGGGCUUAGCUGAGAAACCUCAGCUGGUGACUCGCUUUCAAGAAGUUUUUCGGUCCAUGUGGUCUGUGAAUGGUGAUUCGAUCAGUAAGAUAUAUGCGGGAACUGGCGCUCUCGAAGGAAAGGCAAAGUUAAAAGAUGGUGCUCGUUCUGUGACUCGAACAAUUCAGAAUAACUUCUUUGACAGCUCCAAGCAAGAGGCCAUUGAUGUUUUGCUUCUGGGAAAUACUCUAAAUAGUGACUUAGCUGACAAAGCUAGAGCACUUUUAACUACUGGAAGUUUGCGUGUUUCUGAACAGACAUUACAGUCAGCGUCGUCUAAAGUCCUAAAGAGCAUGUGUGAGAAUUUCUACAAGUAUUCGAAGCCCAAGAAAAUCCGUGUGUGUGUUGGCACCUGGAACGUGAAUGGCGGGAAGCAGUUUCGCAGCAUAGCUUUUAAGAACCAAACGCUCACUGACUGGCUUCUGGACGCACCCAAGUUGGCUGGCAUCCAGGAAUUUCAAGACAAACGAAGUAAGCCAACGGAUAUAUUUGCAAUUGGCUUUGAAGAAAUGGUAGAACUGAAUGCUGGAAACAUUGUGAAUGCAAGCACCACAAAUCAGAAGCUCUGGGCUGUGGAACUUCAGAAGACCAUCUCCAGGGACAACAAGUAUGUGCUGCUGGCAUCCGAGCAGUUGGUAGGCGUCUGCCUGUUCGUUUUUAUCAGGCCCCAGCAUGCUCCGUUCAUCAGGGAUGUUGCAGUCGAUACCGUGAAGACUGGGAUGGGCGGCGCCACUGGAAAUAAGGGAGCAGUGGCAAUCCGCAUGCUGUUCCAUACCACGAGCCUGUGCUUUGUCUGUAGCCACUUUGCCGCGGGCCAGUCACAGGUCAAAGAAAGAAAUGAAGACUUUGUUGAAAUAGCACGCAAGCUGAGUUUUCCCAUGGGAAGGAUGCUGUUUUCUCAUGACUAUGUAUUUUGGUGCGGUGAUUUCAACUAUCGAAUCGAUCUUCCAAAUGAAGAAGUUAAAGAGCUCAUAAGACAGCAAAAUUGGGAUUCUCUUAUUGCAGGAGAUCAACUUAUCAAUCAGAAAAAUUCUGGACAGAUUUUUAGAGGAUUCUUGGAGGGAAAAGUAACCUUUGCUCCAACAUACAAAUAUGAUUUAUUUUCGGACGACUAUGAUACCAGUGAGAAAUGCCGCACCCCUGCCUGGACAGACCGUGUCCUCUGGAGAAGGAGGAAAUGGCCUUUUGAUAGAUCAGCUGAAGACUUAGAUCUUCUCAAUGCGAGCUUUCAGGAUGGAAGCAAAAUCCUUUACACGUGGACUCCUGGCACGCUUCUGCACUAUGGGCGCGCAGAGCUGAAGACUUCAGACCACAGGCCUGUCAUUGCCCUGAUCGAUAUCGAUAUCUUUGAAGUUGAAGCGGAAGAGAGGCAGAACAUUUAUAAGGAGGUCAUUGCCGUGCAGGGGCCACCCGACGGGACCGUGUUGGUCUCAAUCAAAACUUCCUCCCCAGAAAGUAACUUUUUUGAUGAUGCUCUGAUUGAUGAGCUUCUGCAGCAGUUUACAAAUUAUGGCGAAGUCAUACUCAUAAGAUUUGUAGAAAAUAAAAUGUGGGUUACAUUUUUGGAGGGCAGCUCUGCCUUGAGUGUUCUCAGCCUGAAUGGAACACAGUUAUUGGGUCGAACGAUAACCAUUACUUUGAAAAGUCCAGACUGGAUUAGAAAUUUGGAAGAAGAAAUGAGUUUAGAGAAAAUCAGCGUUCCUUUGCCAUCGUCUACCAGUUCUACCCUGCUCGGUGAAGAUGCGGAGCUCGCAGCCGAUUUCGAUAUGGAAGGCGACGUCGAUGACUAUAGUGCCGAAGUGGAGGAAAUUCUUCCUCAGCAUCUCCAGCCCUCCUCCAGCUCUGGCCUUGGUACCUCGCCGAGCUCUUCACCCCGGACCAGCCCCUGCCAGUCCCCCACAAUAGCCGAGGGCCCUGUACCGUCCUUUCCCACAAGGCCUAGUCGAGCACCAGCAAGAACUCCCGGGCACCCGUCUUCACAGAGUUCGCCUGUAGACAGUGUGCCAGGAGCACAGCUCCAGCAGAAGGAUGCUGCCCAGGCUCUGGAGCCCAAGCGUCCCCCUCCUCCCCGCCCGGUUGCUCCUCCAGCCCGGCCUGCUCCCCCGCAGAGACCACCUCCGCCUUCAGGGGCUAGGAGUCCUGCACCUGCUAGAAAAGAAUUUGGAGGUGUUGGAGCCCCUCCCAGUCCCGGGGUAGCUAGGCGAGAGAUGGAAGCUCCCAAAAGCCCCGGAGUGACGCGGAAAGAUAAUAUAGGACGCGGUCAGCCUUCCCCUCAAGCAGGACUUGCGGGCCCAGGAUCUGCUGGAUACACUAUGGCCAGACCGACUAUUCCACCCCGUGCUGGUGUGAUCAGCGCCCCCCAGAGCCAGGCUCGAGCAUCUGCCGGUCGACUCACCCCCGAAAGCCAAAGCAAAGCCUCAGAAGGACCGAAAGGUUCAGCUUUCCUUCCUGAACCGCUGAAGCCUCAGGCAGCCGUUCCUGUGCAGCCUUCUCUCCCACCGCCGGGCCAGAAGAUGCAGGAGCCCCUGGUCCCCACGGCAGCAGCACAGCCUAACCUGGACACGCCCCCUCAGCCGCCCCCUCGGAGCAGGUCCUCGCACAACCUGCCUUCCGAGCCCUCGGCCCAGCCACAGCAGGAGCAACCGUCAGGGUAACAGGCAAAGACAAACGGAGUGGCCGCGGUCAGACUGGACUCUCCGUUCAAGAGUGACCCAUUUGACGACCUGUCAUUGAACCUGCUUGCGGUCUCCAAGACUCAGUUCUCUGUUCCAACAUCACUGGCCCCAACCCCAUCGCCCUGGCCUUUGAUUCAGUUGCCCUCCGCGACACCAAGUAACAUGAACACUUUGAGUUCUGCAAGUUGCAUGCCUCCACUGCUUCCCAUUCCAGCCCGCAGUCAGCCCCAGGAUAGCGUGCGCACUGCCUCAGACCCUGUCACCGCCGGCUUGUCCAGUACCAACCCCUUCGUGGAUAGGACUGCCGUGCCCAGAAACCCCUUCCGGGCUGAGUUUCAGGAAUCAGAGGCAGCCGCUUGGUUCUGCAAAGAGCCGCCGCUGGCUGCCAGGCCCUUCCCACCUCUGAAGCCUCUGGGUUCUGGUCCUGAUCAGCCCGCUCCAUCCUUCGAUGGCUUUCAGGACAGUUUCAAGCCGCCAGGCCAGUUGACAGUCAAUCCGAGCCACCCCAAAGGCUGGGUGACCUUUGAGGAUGAAGAGGACUUUGGUGUGAAGGGCAAAACCCAUUUGCCUUCUCCAGAUUUGCGGGGCGCUCAGCCCAGGUAGCCUGGGGCUCCAGUGUGGACCUUUGGUGUUGACUGGAGGGAGAGGAAGGGGAUGAAGGUUUCCGCCAUCUGGAAGACCAUAGCCCCGUGGCCCUGGCUUCCCGAUGGUCCCAGCCCAGCCCGCCGGCCUCUCUCGACAGGAAGAUGACGUUCCACAGCAGAGAGCAGUGUUCUGCAGGCGGGGCAGGCGGGGCUGAAAGAUGGGGCAUUAGUUGUUCAUGAUGUGCAAUAAGUCGCCGUUUAGUGCACUGAUAUCUUCACGAUACCACUAUUGAAUGUGUACAGAGCUGGAAUAUGUGUAUAUUGGAAAUAAGGACGAAUCCUUAUUAUUAACCGGAGUUUUGGUGUGUUUCUGUUUGGAUAAGUAAGCCAGAGUAGUAGCCCUAAAAAGUGCUCAAAACUACUUUAGAAAAUAGUCUUUAUGCAGAAUUCCCUUGUCUGUCUUCUGAAAAUCUCAAAAAAGCCCUACCAGCUAGCUGUCAUUCCUGUCAGCCCUUGGCAUUUGCUCACAAUUGGUAUUUAUAAUAAUUUACCAAAGAACUAUCGAAAUUAUACUGAAUAGAAUUUUGAAAAAAACAAAAAGUGUACAUAAACACACAGACACAUAUUGGGGAAACUCCUAAAGUCUAGAAUAUAACUCAGGCCAAAUUCUUCUCUAAAAGUUCUAACAGUUCAUUGCUCGGUAUUUCAUAACCAAAAGGAUAGCUGGAAAUGUAUUCGAUCACUGUGUUCAUUGCCCUUCCCAAACUCCAGUAAGUCCACCGCAAAGCCAGCCUCAUUCAUUUUAUACCCCACCCCGCCUUCAAACGAUGGAUGCUGCCCUAUCCCUUCCCACUCCCGAGCCUCUGUGCUUUCCUCUGGAGGAGGUAGAGAUGCACACUCCAACCCUUUCCAGAAGGCACUAUGGCCUUAGGUCUGGAGAAGAGACCCCACUCCCCCAGAGGUCUGUGAAAAAGCCAGAGCUGAACAGACUCAUCUCUCCAAACAUGAAGUUGUCUGUUGCCCAUUUCAUCCCGCACUUGGGCCUUUGCUGCUUGUACUCUGGGACCUCGUCAGCCGCCCCAGGUGCUGUCAGGGCUUUGAGUUGGGCUCUUUCCGCCUGCUCCCUCUCCCUGUCAGGCGAUGGAACAUAUCUCCAAUGCUGCUUUAAGUUUUCUGAUCUUGUCUUCUGCACUGCCAGUAUGCACGUGGUCCUGCUUCUCUUCACUUUAUACAGAAUGUUAUAUUUUGAUAGCAUUAGGCCAGUCCAACCAGAAAGUUCCUUAAACAGGAGAUGUUUUGUUUUCAGUCCCGGUUCAGAGCAUUUGCACUCACUGAGGCUUACUUUAGUGUUCCUUUUCUCUGAAGAAUUGUCUCUAUCUACCUGAGUUCCUUUGUCCGCACUCACCUUUCAAGACAUGCACUGGGGGAGGAUCAGAAAACAGAGUUCAUGGCUCAGAAUGUGUGAAAUGUAAAAGCACAGCAAACUGCAUUGCACUUAGCACCUGAAGCAAAUCUAGUAGGAAAAAUGCACUUUUCUAAAUGCUCAAAUGUUAUCAAAUGACUCUCUAGAGCAGUAAUCCUCUCUGUUAACAGCCCGUAUUUUGCUGUUAGAAAUCACUCUUGUGAGUUUUAUAUUGUGCUUUUGGGGGUGGGGGGUGUUCUAAUCAUUUCAGCGGUAGUAUAUCUUAAACAACAGUAUUAAGCAGUGUGCUUCGGAAUGUGAACUAACUUGUUGAACCCGUGGCUUUACCAUCUCUGUGAUUAGUGUACAUGGUAUUUGCUCUCCAUUAGCCAAGCGAUUCCAUAGAAACGUCACCAGUGCCGAUUGAAGUUCUGUGACCAGUGUUUCCCAUUGAAUAUAAACUACUGUCUACAAUAUACAUAUCAUGUAGCAGCUCAGCCUUUUAUCAGGAACAUUACAAGUGGCAAGUUGCUACAAGGGCACCAUGAAGAGAGUUGAAGGUCUGCUGCCAAUAACUAGCCAUUAUUCUGUGUAUUAUUAAAGUAUCUACCAGCUCUGUUGAAAGCAGAGCAGGAAUUAGACACUAAGAAUCUCUUUGUGAAUUACUUGUUCUCUAUAGUAGAUUUCUGUUUAUAUGUAAGUAUUUUAUUGCUGAUGUGGCAUCCACUAUUUAUAACUAUACCCUUUAUAGAAAUACAGUAUGAAAGUCAGUGGUAUCUGAGCAUUCUGUACAUACAUAUCCUGUGAAAUGUGCCGUCACAUGAAAUAAAUAUACCUGUCUUUACCAUA